AUGGUGGCGGUCGCGAAGGUGGUGGUCGUUCAGAUGGCGAUUGGUGCUGCACAGCGCCCUACGAUUGAAUCUAAAAUGCGGCAGAAAGACGAUGCAAGCCACCAGUUGAGCGCAGCGAAGAGGGCGUACAAGAGCGCGGCGGAGGUGGGGAACCGACAGGAGGAGGCGCGGUGGGCGAACGUGAUUGGGGACAUACUGAAGAACCGUGGUGAGUACGUGGAGGCCCUUCGAUGGCUGCGAGUCGAUUACGAUGUCUCUGUCAAGUACUUGCCGGAAAAGCAGCUGCUUCCGACGUGUCAGUCCCUCGGCGAAGUAUAUCUCCGCCUUCAGCACUACAGGGACGCCCUUAUUUAUCAGAAAAAGCAUUUAGAGCUUGCUAAGGAUGCAGAUGACCUCAUUGAGCAACAAAGAGCCAGCACUCAGCUUGGUCGAACUUACCACGAUAUGUUUUUAUCUGAUGGUGACCACAACUCAGUUAGGAAUGCAAAAAAGUAUUUCAAAUCUGCCAUGAAACUUGCUCAAAUUCUUAAGGAGAAUCCGCUGUUGAACAAAUGUUCUUUCAUAAAGGAAUACAUUGACGCUCAUAAUAACCUGGGAAUGCUUGAGAUGGAUGUUGAUAACUACAAUGAAGCAGAGAAAUUUCUUACAAGAGGACUACAGAUAUGCGAUGAAGAAGAGGUCAUAGAGAAUGAUGACACACGUAGUAGGCUUCAUCAUAACCUGGGAAAUCUUUACACAGAGCUCAGGAGAUGGGGUAAAGCUCAGGAGCACAUUUCAAAGGAUAUCAUAAUUUGUAAGCAAAUUGGGCACCGACAAGGGGAGGCAAAGGGUUAUAUUAAUCUUGGUGAGUUGAACUACAGAAAUCAAAAGUAUAAUGAAGCCAUCUUUUCUUAUCAAAAGGCGCUUGAUCUGGCAAAAUCCUUGGAAGAUGAGGACGUGUUAGCCGAUCAAAUUGAUAAAAAUAUUGAAAUUGUAAGAGAAGCAAUGAAGGUGAUGGAUGAACUCAAGAAAGAGGAGCAGAAUCUUAAAAAGCUAGAAAGAAACACAGAAAUGGCUAGAGGCAUGGCAGGUGAACGGAAGUGUCUCUUGAAACAGAAUGCAUCCCUUGAUUGUCUUGUAGAAAAAUCAAGGAUGAUAUUUUUAUGGAUAAAGCUUCAUGAAUACGGCAAGAAGAAGAAGAGGAUAGCAACUGAGCUCUGUGACAAAGAGAAACUAAGUGAUUCAUUUUUAGUCAUUGGAGAGUCAUACCAGAAGCUUCGAAAAUUCACCAAAGCCCUUAAAUGGUUCAGAAAGAGCUGGGAAACCUACAAGUCAAUUGGCAGCUUGGAGGGGCAAGCAUUAGCAAAGAUAAACAUUGGAGAUGUUUUGGAUUCUGUUGGUGAUUGGAGGGGUGCUCUAAAUGCUUUUGAAGAGGGGUACAGGAUAGCUGUUCAUGCAAAGCUUUCUUCUGUUCAGCUGUCUGCUCUAGAAAAUAUACACUAUAGCCACAUGAUCCGCUUUGAUAACAUUGAAGAGGCCAGGAAGUCACAAUUGCUAAUUGACAAACUAAAGCAGUCAGAAAGUAGAGAGCUUGAGGCUGAGGGUAUGGCAGUGGACUGCUGUUCUGAAACUGAAACAGAGUUGGAUGAUCUAUCUCUGGACGAAAGAUCUCACAGUAGCUUUACACCAGAGAAAAGUAAAUUGAAUUCUACAAAAUCAAACUUUAAUGACACCCCAGAUGAGUUGGACGAAGAUACUCCCUUGACAUCCCUUUGUCAACCUAAAAGAAAUUUAGCAAAGCUGAGAACUGCUCAUGCAGCUAUAACCAAAGCUUCUACCAAGCCACCUGAAUCGUCAACCCAAAGCACAUCCAGAUCUUCUGGAAGCCUGACGAUUGGUCGUAAACGUGUUCGUCUUAUCCUCUCUGAUGAUGAAGAUGAAGGUGAUGAGGUUCAUUGUUCCAGUAGAACAGUUCAUAAGUGCCCCGCAGAAGGUGUUCCCACUUCAGAUGAAUAUGAAACCAGAAAAUACUCGAGCAGUCCUGUUCACGAAUUUCAGGAUGUUUCACUGGCCGGUGCAAGAUGUUCUGUCAGUGCCUGUACUCCUGUAAAUCUUGAAGAGAGCACUUGUUCCUACAAGUCCAGGAUUUCUAGAUUAGGUGUACAGGAUGGCAAAGACUAUAUAUCUACAGAUACAUAUGCAGCGGUUGAUGAAUCCAGCUCCGGUGCAAAUGCAGACAAUUGCACCGAUGGUCAUGGCAAUCUAUUUGAGAAUCAGAAUUCUGCUGCCAAGUUGCAUUCUUGUGGCGAUGAACCAUGUCAACAUAUUACAUGCAAAAUUGAUGAAGAUUUGGUACAUAUGAAUCUAGAUUCAUGUAGAAUUGGUGGUAAACUCAACAUAGAAGAGAUGAAGGUUGAAGUGGCAUGCUUAUACUGUUUAAAACUCUCCACAGAGAAGAGAUCCAGAGGAUUGGUGCCAGUCAUUCAGCAUAUAAAGUACGGUGGAAGAAUCCUUGAAUCUUUGGAAACAGUUGGCGCUUUAGAGAAUCAUUCUGGAAAAGGCUGGAUUGAGGUUUCUGUUGCUGUGAUGGUGCCCAAGAAUGUGAUGAAACUAUACAUUGACUGCUGCGAAGUACUAUCUGAGCCACCUAAUUUGAAAGUGCUCAAAAAAUUGUACAACUUAGAGGUAUCAGAGGAUGAAGUUAUUGUGUCUGAUUGUGGAUUGCAAGAUAUAUCAGUAGCUCCAAUACUAAAUGCCCUACAAGCACACAAAACAGUUGCUGUCUUGGACCUUUCUCACAAUUUAUUAGGAAAUGGAUCAGCAGAGCAACUUAAACAAGUGUUUACAUCAUCAGGACAGAGUUACGGUGGUUUGGUUCUGGAUUUGCACAAUAAUCGACUUGGUCCAACGGCUUUAUUCCAUAUUUGUGAAUGCCCAGUACUACAUGCUCGAUUGGAAGUUCUUAACAUAUCUGGAAACCGUUUGACUGAUGCAUGUGCAUCUUCGCUUUCAACUAUCCUGCAAACAUGCAAAGCACUUUAUAGUUUGAACAUAGAGAACUGUUCGAUCACAUCAAGAACAAUUCAAAAGGUUGCUGAUUCACUGGAUUCUGAAUCUGUUCUUACAAAUCUCUGUUUAGGAUACAACUACCCAGUAUCUGGAAAUGCUAUGAUUAAUCUCUUCCUCAAACUUGCCACUUUAAAGAGAUUUCAAGAGCUCAAUUUAAAUGGUAUAAAGCUAAGCAAGCCUGUGGUAGAUAGCCUUUGCCAACUUGCUAAGGACUGUUGCUUAUCAGGAUUGAUGCUUGGAAAUUCUAAUAUUGGAAAUGAUGGCGCAGUACAGCUAUUUAAGUCAUUGUACAAGGAGACCCAAGAACUAGUCAAGCUCGAUCUAUCGUUGUGUAGAUUGACAUGUGACUACAUUGUCAGACUCAGCAAUGAAGUUUCUUUGAUUAAUGGCGUUCUAGAAUUAAAUCUUGGUGGGAAUCCCAUCAUGCACAAGGGUGGCAAUGCAUUGGCCUCUUUGCUCUCUAAUCCUCAAUGUUGUUUGAAAGUUUUGGUCGUCUGCAAAUGCCAACUCGGUCUUGUUGGUGUCAGUCAAAUGCUCAAGGCACUAUCUGAGAAUUGCUCUUUAGAAGAGCUCAACCUGGCUGAAAAUGUUUCUCCAGAGGAAAUUCAUUCUUUACCACAUGCCUUUAGUUCUGUGAAUAAGAACUUGAACUCUCUACAGAAAGAUUUCAACCAGUCUGAAUCUUUGUUCGAGGUGCUUCAACAAGACAAGAUGCAAACUGUUGAACAAGAGUCAUCUGUUGUAAAUACGAACGAGAACCAGCUUGAAGUUGCUGACAGUGAAGAUGAUCUAGUUGGGGUAGAAGCUACAUUGUGUGGUUUGGAAGACAGUCGUAUAAACUCAUCCCCCAAAACUUUACUUUCAGAAUGCCAAAUCGUGCAAGAACUUGUUGCUGCUAUUAAAAUGGCUGGACAAUUGCAACUAUUGGAUCUUAGUCAGAAUGGGUUCUCUCAGGAAGUUGCAGAAAUGUUAUACAUUGCCUGGUCAUCAGGUGCAAGAGAUGGUGUGGCUCAACGACACAUUGAAGAAAAUGCAAUUCAUUUGUCAGUUAAUGGGAAAAAAUGCUGCAGUAUUAAGUCCUGCUGUAGAAGGAUUUGA